AUGCGACGUUACACACAAAAGCAUAAAAGCAGUAGUGUUCCCGACAACCAGGAACCACUGGACCAGAACACGAGACAAAAGUCGGCUAGCCUCGUGCUGCUGUUCGGGUGCUCGACCACUCAGGAAGCCUGCUCUGCAAAGAAGAGGAAUGCUUGCGAUACUGCGACAUUUAACCGCGGCCCCGGAGCCAAAUUAAGUGCAAAGACAUGGGGCGCUCUGAAGCAAGACGUCUCAUAUAUAUCUAGAAGAAGAAAAUAUGAUUCUGUACGUGGUCCUGAUCCAGGCUCAGCUGAAAGCUCAGCCGAGCCAAAGGUCGAAAUCUAUCCGGCGGCGCCGCGAGCGACGUCUCGAGAUAGAUAUCUCUUCUGUCAUACAGCUUCCAUCCCUUGCAUCAAAUGUGGACCCCCCGUCCGUCCCGUGGCGGCCCCCGGCGAUCUCGAAACCGAUGAAGAACAGCAACCAUUCCGCAGCCACGUCCGACAGCGGGAUCGCUCCCCGGCGUUGAAACGCAUUUGGGAACAACAAACGUUCGUCACAUCAUCCGUCUCUGAGCUAAGAUCAGAGCCGCAUGGACUUGGACUGGGACCUGGAGUCACGGCAGUUUCAUCGGCGCCGGGCUUGCUCGCAGCAAAACCUCAUUGCCGAGAAAAGACCACGGGCCCUGCAUCGAAUCCCGUCCGGCGUCCGCUCUUUUCUCUCAUCAGUCAUCCAUCCCCCAAUUCUCAUGAAUCUCCACGUGGGCGUGUGGCUGAAGCGAUUUUCCAGCAAGCAGAGAAUCUAGACCGCGAGCCCCACACGAUUGGGCGAAAAUCGCGAACCAACUGGCAACGAGAAGAAUCACUUGCAGCAUUCAAUAUCCACCGUGACCAACAGAUCCACAAUCAGUCACCAAUUUCGGUCCCGCGUAACCCAGAUCCCAACGAACGAAAGAAUGAAAAAACUUCGUCGCGUGGCUCUGCCAUGAGCCCUGUCGCACAUCAGCCCUGGCAGCCCACAACCUCUCACACGAUGGCACCGUGGUCCGUCGGGCUGAAUGACAGGAGCAAUGGAACACCGAGACGGCAAGCGAGGCUCCGCAAAUGUGAAAAUCAGGAGCGCAGGACCGCAGAACCCCUUGGGGCUCCGCCAGAUGGAAGGAUGCUAGAAGGCCGGGAGAAGGCCGCGAUGUGA